AUGGAACGAAUGGACGUGUUGAAGGAGCAGCACAAACAGUGGCAAGCGGCAGUGGAGGAUUUACUAGCGCGGGUGAAUUCGAUAAGUUUGCCUCAAGUGAGCUUGAAGACUGAACGACCAGAACCUCCUUCAGGAGAACUAGGGUGCAGUGAACUCGUUUUUGGGUUCACAUGUGAUAUGUCGCGGUGUAUGGACACCCGGCGCAGCGAAGACACCUCCAGAGAACUCGCUCGAACCAGCAAUUCCAAAAACAAAAAGUUGGAAAUCAGCAAGGGGCCUUUGCAGAAACUUGUGCAUGAAGUUAUGCACGAUCACCAUGACCCAGCCCACUUGGUUGGCAUGGGCUGCUGCUUGGAGUCGCGCCGGGCCUUAUACAAGUUCGUGAACUCCAAAUGGUUCGAGUAUGUGACAGGUACGAUCAUCAUGGCGAACAUGAUUAUGAUCGGAGUGGAAACCGAAGCAUCUUUGUACGCUGACGAAGACCUCGAGUGGAGCGGCUGGGUCGAGCGUGCAUUCCUGGGCGUCUACACCCUGGAGCUGCUGCUUCGCUUCGUGGCCGGCGGCACGAAAAUCUUCUGGAAUGGCUGGUUUCUGUUGGAUUUAUUCUUAGUUUGCGUAGGCAUCUUGGCCCUGGUGGUGGCGCCCGUUUUCGGCGACGCGCUGGAUGGGGUCCAGAAAGUGCUGGUGGUGCGCGGCUUGAGGCUGUUGAGGUUGGCACGUGCCCUGCGGAUGGUGGGCCAUUUUAAGGUGCUUCCUUUGGACACUCCUUUAGCCGGCACUGUCCAAAAAUGCAUGGGCAUUCUGGUGAUCCACGGAGAGCGGAGAGCGGAGCGUUUGUUGAGCAUGGCAGUCAACCAUGUGAUUUGGCGCUUGGUCUACGGCGUUCUGACGGCUGGGCACACCAUCCUUUCGGUGGUUUGCUUGAUGAUUUUGUGGCUCUUUAUUUGCGGUUGCUGUGCCAUCGAGUUCAUCCGCAAUGACGCUCACCUGCUGCACCACCCGUUGACCCGACCGAUCGUCAUGGAAAACUUCGGCUCUCUGCCCCGGUCGAUCUUGACCCUGCUUCAAUUUGCGACGGCCGACUCGAUCGCGCAAGUCUACUUCCCGUUGAUCAUGGAGAGGCCUGGGCUGGUUCUGUUCUUCAUGCCAAUCUUGCUGAUCUUCUCCAUCGCCCUCAUGAAUUUGGUCUACGCCUGUCGGCGUAUCUUCAUGAGCCGGACCGCUUUGGGCAUUCUGGUCACAGCCGUGUUAGUGGAGCAUGCCUUGGAACAUGCGGCCCAUGAGGCAGAGUCGGAGCGGCUGAAAACGAAGCAGAAGAUCAAGGAGCCGUGUGGAGACGUCGAGUUGGAUGGAGCAGCGUUGCCGGCCUUGUUGGAUAUCUUCCAGAAGUUGGACACUGACGAGAGCGGCUGCAUCACGCGUGAGGAGAUUGAAAAUGUAUCCUUGGACAUGCUACCGCCGAAGCUCUUGGAAACGGUGUCGGUCGAUAGCAUGAGCGACCUCUUCGACUUGUUGGACGUGGAUGGCGGGGGGGCAGCUAACUCAGUCUGA